AUGAGAAAAUUCGCCGUCAAUACGGGUAGGACCCGUAGGACGAGUAGGACGGCUAAGACAAUAGGACAGUGGGAACGAGCAGUCACUUGGGUCGAGUGGGACGAGUGGGACGAGUGGGACGAGUGGGACGAGUGGGACGAGUGGGACGAGUGGGACGAGUGGGACGAGGACGACGAUGAGGCCGCUCAGACUCUUUCGGACGAGCAAUACAUCUGGGACGAGAGAGAAGAGUGGCACGGCCAGGACGAGCAGCAGUGGGUGUCGAUGGCAUCCCACUCGCUGGACAGCAAGGGCGAGCACAAUGCGGUGACUUCUUCCGCGGUAGGGCAAGUAGAAGGAGGAAGGCGAGGAGGGCAGCUAUACCAGGAGGAGCUUGGCGACGAGGAGGAGGGUCUCAACGGCUUCAACUCGAUGUAG